AUGAUCGAGAAUUUUUAUGGAGUGGCUCGACAAUAUUGUGGCUCCAACACCAAUCUGAACGCUGAAAAUUUCUUGAAUGCUCUCAAUAAUUUGUUAAGUGCCUUAAUUGUUGGCUUACAAUUCAACAAAGAGAAAGAUCAAUCCACAAGAUUACUAUAUGAGUAUUAUUGUUGCUUCCCAUCACCAGAACAUAUUAAUUAUAUUGUUAUUGGUGAAUUUGAAAGAGCAUGUCGCACUUAUGCCAUGCUUUCAGAUACUGAAUAUGAAGCUCCAACCAUUCAUACUCUAUUGUUUAAUUUGAAUAUACCUGGUAUUGAAGUUUUACUUACAAAAGAAUUCAAAUUGAAACAAUAUUCGAAUAAUGACAUUAUGGAAUUCGAUAAAUUGGAGCAGCAAUGGGACAGAACACAUCAACCACACAACAUGCUGCAAAAUUUCAAAAACAAACAAUCCAACGCACAUAUCACCAUUGGAGGAAUUACCUAUCACAAACAACAAAUUGAAAAACCAGAAGCAAAUCAGACUCUCAAUUCCGAAUAUUUAAGCAUUGGUGAUUAUGUUCUCCAAUUAGAUGAAAACAAUCAUGUCUACAUCAAUUUGGCCAAAUUAAGCAAAUCAAACAGUGGACAAAAAGGAAUAAGAAGAACAAAAACCUUUGCCUGGAUGGACGUUUCUAAAGAUUUUACACAAUAUUUUAAGAACCGUCAUUGUGGAGAACGGUUUUUUAGUAAGCAAAAUAAACUGAUCACCUAA